AUGCUCGCUCUCUUCGUUCUCGCUCUCGUCGCUGCCGCUCAGGCUGGUGGCCUCUACGGAGGAUACGCCGCGGCUCCCGCUUACGCUGCCGCCCCGGUUGCCUACGCGGCUCCCGCUUACGCCGCUGCCCCCGUUAUCGCCAAGGCCCCGGUUCUCGCCGCCCCCGUCAUCGCCAAGGCCCCGAUCGCCACCUCUGUCCGUUAUGAGAGCCGCGCCUAUGCCGCUCCCGUGAUCGCCAAGGCCCCCGUGGCUGUUGCCGCUCCCGUCGCUUACGCUCAGGCUCCCCUCCUCGCCAAAGCCCCCAUCGCCUACGGAGCCGCCCCCAUCGCCUACGGCCGUGCCUGGUAG